AUGGUCAAUGUGGUGCUAGCGCCCCUGCUGGGGCUGUUGACGGCCGAGGGCCUGCUCGCCGCGCUGCUGUGCGCCCCGAUCCGACCACUGCAGAAUCUUGCGGCGGACUUUGUGCGGGGAUGGUCGCGUGGGGCUCUGGGGCGGACGGUGCUGAUGAUGCUGCUGGGCGCGCUGUUCGUGGUGUUCGUCGCGUCGAUGUACGAGGGAUCCACGGUGCGCAGCAAGGCGCAGCAGACGCCUGACACCGACGAGGGGCGCCGGGAAGCGCUCAUGCUGCUCCAGCAAGAGAUAGGUAUCGAACAGGGCGCCAUACUCUCCGCAGCAGCGAUGGUCAUGUCGGUGGUGGUCUACUCGUACGCGGGCUGCGUCCGCGACGGCCGCGGGCUGCGGCAGGACGUGCGUCAGCUCAAGGCGGAGCGCGACAAGCUCGUCUCUGAGCUGACGAGCAGCAAGAAGAGCGGGGCGAGGGCGGCGCCGAACGGAACAGCCAAGGACGGCGCCGACAAGGCCGGGGGCUUCCUCAACAGCCUCAUCGGCUCCAAGGCGCCGGACGACACGGUCAAGGGUCUGAAGAAGGAGCUGGAGGACGCCAAGGUGGAGAAGGAGAAGGCGGCGAAGAGCAAGGCGCAGGCGCGGGCGGAGGUGGAGGCCAUGCGCAGCCAAACGAAGAACCUCGCCAGCGAGUACGAUCGGCUGCUGGCGGAGAACUCGCGGCUGAUCAAGGAGAUCGCGGAGAUCAGGGGCACGCCGCCGGCGGACAAGAAGGGCCAGUGA